AAAGUUGAGUGGCAAAUCAUCUUUCAAGCGAACCAGGGGCAGGAGAGGCGCUCAACAAGUUUCACACAGGUUUUCUUUCGGAUAAGAAACUGAUUUCGUCUAACCGUCAGGGGACUGGAACACUGUGAAACAUGGCUGCUCUUUCAGCCUGGUUUUGGAACGAGAGGUUUUGGCUGCCACACAACGUAACCUGGGCGGAUCUGGCAGACCCAGCUCCCGGGGUGGAGUACCCCAAAGCCGGACACUUGUUGACUGCCUUGCCGCUGGCUUUGGGACUUUUCGCCGUCAGGAUACUCUUCGAAAGAUUUAUCGCCAGUGCCUGUGCCCAGAGUCUCCACAUUCAGCCAGGUGUAGGACGAAGAGCUCAGCCCAAUGCCGUGCUGGAGAAAGUGUUUACAUCCAUCACACAGAAUCCAGACUCUCGCCAUCUGGAUGGCCUGUCCAAGCAGCUGGACUGGGAGGUGCGAAAGGUCCAGCGCUGGUUCAGACACCGCAGGAACCAAGAUAAACCCAGCACGCACACUAAAUUCUGCGAGAGCAUGUGGAGGUUUACAUUUUAUUCAUGCAUAUUUACCUAUGGGUUCCAGUUUCUGUGGCAGUCCCCUUGGAUGUGGGAUACACGGCAUUGCUGGUACGGUUACCCCUAUCAGAUCAUGACUCCAGGGCUUUACCACUACUAUGUAACAGAACUGGCCUUCUACUGGUCACUCAUGUUCUCCCAGUUCACCGACAUUAAAAGGAAGGACUUCCUGAUCAUGUUCAUCCAUCACCUGGCUACAGUUAGCCUGAUCAGCUUCUCCUACGUCAACAACAUGGUGCGAGUAGGGAGCCUUGUGAUGUGUGUCCACGACGCCUCUGACUUCCUGCUAGAGGCAGCCAAGCUGGCCAACUAUGCCAAGUACCAGCGCUUGUGCGACUUCCUCUUCAUUGUGUUUAGUGUGGUAUUCUUCAUCACACGACUUGUUAUAUAUCCAAUAUGGAUCCUGAACUCCACUAUGUUUGAGAGCUGGGCCAUAGUCGGGCCGUACCCGUCCUGGUGGCUCUUCAACUUCUUACUGCUGGUCCUCCAAGUGCUGCAUAUCAUCUGGUCCUACCUCAUAGCCCGUAUAGCUGUCAAAGCCAUGCUGCGGGGCAAGGUGUGCAACGAUGUCCGCAGUGACAUUGAGAGCAGCUCGGACGAAGAGCCCGACAUGCCCACAGAAGGCCUCAAGGGUUCUCAUACUCCCAAAGGAGAAAACGGCACUAAUGGCCACUGUGCUGCUGCUAAAGCCCGAGUGAAGAACCACAGCAGCUGGUGACAUGGAGCCUGAAGCUUGGAGCCCCCUGCAGUUCAUCCCUCACAGCGUCUCCAUGAGCUUUAUCCAAUGACAUUCCCUUGACAUGCAAGGCUCACACCUACAAACACUUACACACACACACACACACACAAUCUGCUAUCACACAUCACACUGACAGUGAGUGCUCACAGAUUCAUACGUUGGUGGACUGAUGGUGGAUACAAAGACACUGACACCUGCUUUGAAGAGCCCUGUAAUGACAUGUUCGACACGAGUCGAGGUGAAAGCUGAAAUAUGGAAGUCAGAUGAAGCAAGUGAUUUGCGUAGCCUUUUUUUUUUUUUUUUUCCAAAUGAUGGGAUUUAUUUGCUGCCAGAUGUUGGUUGGUUUCAAUGUUCUCUCCCAGUUUUAUUGGUCAGAAGAACUUGAUUAUUUUUGUUUUAAGGAUUAAUUCACACUGGAUCACAGAGGGCAGAAAACUGCUGCUGCACUGCUCUAGGGCUUCAGACUUUGAGGUUUGUUGUAUUUCAAACAGUGAUGUCACAGCAGGUAUUAUAUAUAUAUAUAUAUAUAUAUAUAUAUAUAUAUAUAUAUAUAUAACUGUGUUGUUAUACCUGUGGUUUUAUUAGCUCUUAAAAGAGCACCUGCUGUCUGUGUGUGUGUGUGUGUGUGCAACCAGAAGUACAACACUUUAAAGUUGUAAUAGCAGCAGUUUCUGUCCUUUGCAAUUUAUUGUGGAUUUAGCUUUUAACCACAUUAUUUGUCAUGUUUAUUUGUUU